AUGGUGCGCGUGCCCGGAUCUUCUGGUGACUCGGCAUUUCACCGUGAGUCCCGAGAUGAAGAUGUUAAGAUCAAGACUGAACCUGGGAUUGGAGUGUCAGCGGAAUUUGGAUCGCCACAGACGCGCGAAGAGAAAGGAUCCCAAGAUCAUCAUAGUUUUGGGAGGGGCUAUGAUGACAAUAAAGUCAAAGAGGAAGAUCACCAAGCUGAUCUGGAAGAAAAACCUCAACCCCCUCCUGAGGUCCCUUCGGGGACCACCGCGGAUCGUGCUGCAAAGCACGAUCUGCCAUAUGGAAAUCCUUCAGUAAAAACUGAAAGAUCUUCAUCCAAAACUACCGCCCAACCAAAGGCGAGGAAACACACUCCUAAGUUGGCCCGUUCAAAGACGAAGACGGCAGAGCCACAUCGAAACAAGCAAGAGAUCAAGGCAGAAGGUCAGGAUGUGGAAUCAGAAGGCUGGCAAUUGGAACGGAUCACCUGGGAAUUCCAUUGGCAACAACUGAAGAAACUUCUUGCAGAAGACCCAGUCCUAAAGGUGCUGAAACCUAAGCUGAUCGGGUAG